AUGAAUUAUCACAACCCUAUCAUCCCAGGGUUUGCCCCCGACCCUUCCGUCAUUUUCGUUGAAUCUGAAGGAACAUUCUUCCUUGUCAACUCCUCGUUUCACUUCUACCCUGGCCUGCCUAUUUAUGCUUCCAAAGACUUACAAGAUUGGGCACAUAUUGGGAACGCGAUAAAUCGUGUGGGGCAGAUCCCACUCGGCGACGCAAGGACAGGCAUCUUUAAUAUGGGAUGCGAUCAGCCAUUGGUACCAGCUGGCGGACUCUUUGCACCGACUAUUCGUUGGAAUCAGGGAACGUUCUACGUCGUAUGCACGAACUUCUCAACCGACGACAUUGGUAACGCGAAGUGUGCCAACUUUUAUGUCACAACUACCGAUAUCUGGUCACAACAGUGGUCAGAUCCAGUAUACUUUGAUUUCGAGGGCAUUGAUCCAAGCAUUUUCUUCGAUGAUGAUGGGCGGGUUUACAUUCAAGGCUCUUGGCGUGAUGGUCCCUUGAUCGAGCUGAAUUGUACUAUCCGCCAGUUCGAGAUCGACAUCAAGACUGGAAAGCGAGUCUCCGAGAUCAAGCAGAUAUGGGAAGGCUAUGCCGGGAAGAAAGACCCUGAAGGUCCCCAUAUUUAUAAGAAAGAUGGAUAUUACUACCUGGUGGCAGCUGAGGGCGGAACGUUUGAAGGUCAUAUGAUAUCAAUUGCUCGAUCGCGUAAUAUCUGGGGUCCUUACGAAACGGCGGAGUGUAACCCGAUCUUGACAGCAAACGGGAAAGCCGAGGACAUUCGGAACACAGGACACGGGGAGCUUUUCCAAGACGGCAAUAGCAGAUGGUGGUGUGUUUGUCUAGGUGUGCGCUAUAACGAUGGCAGGUUCUCUAUGGGCAGGGAGACAUUCCUUACACCCGUCGAAUGGUCAGUUGGCGGCUGGCCUAAGAUCGAUCACCCCCAGUUGGAAUUCUCUCGAGACGUUGGAGAUGUGACCAUCACUGGCCCCCUUGACUCGUUCAAGCCAAGUGCUGCUACGCCAUUCAUUCACAUACGAGACCCUGCUCUUGAGGACUUCAGGAUAGCCAAGGACACCAUCAGCCUGAUUCCCCGUCCGACCGAUCUUUCCUCUUUGUCUGGGUCUCCAUCCUUCAUAGGCCAACGGCAGCGUCACUUCACAGACACCGCGACGGUGGCGCUGGACCUACCUUCUGACGGGGAUAAUUUGAAAGCUGGUUUGACUAUUUUCAAGGAUGAACAUCGCCAUGCAGAUAUCUAUUACGACUCGGCUUUAGAAGCGAUUGUCCUCCGUCUCGCGAGUCCGCAAGAGUUCCAGCAUAAAGUCGAUUUAAUCUCCAAGGUCUCCAUCACCAAGGGAUCGACGGGCAAGCUUGGCUUGCGGAUACAAUCUAGCAAGCAGGAUUAUUCCUUCUCUUUCUCAAGUGAUGGAGAAGAGGGGUGGAGGACGAUUGGUUCUGUUCCUUUAGAGGCAUUUGCCCAGAAAGAUUUUACGGGUACUUUAUUUGGAGUGUUUGCGGUGGGUGACUCUACUCCAGAAGAUGAAGAAAGUUUAGUUACUUUCCGUAGCUUCCAGAUCAAAUACUAA